AUUUAACUAGAUCAAACCCUUGCAAGGCUGUAAGGGAGACUUCUAUGAAGCUAACCUCUUUCAGACUAGAGUGUUCUUGAAGUUUCCAGAAGCCGCAUGGCGGAAAAACUUGAGAUUUGGCGAACUUCAGUAUAGAAGCUGGCCAGGCUGCUGAAUAUCCGAUCCUUUCAUCCUCUUCAUUACACAGAUACCCACACAUAUCUCGCUAAACCACUACACAAUUUACCAUGGGUGACAAGCGACUCAACGACCUCCUGCGAUGGAGCAUCGAGAACACCAAAGACGGCGAAAAUGGCCCCUCCACUGAACCCAAUCCCCAGGCACCGCCGCCAACCAACCUCACCCCGGAGCUCAUGGCCGCUCUCAUGGGAGGGCCCUCCGAUGCCGACCUCAUGAAGGGCUCCAUGGAGAUCAUCGGCGACCCCGAGGUUACCCUGGAGAACAAGCUCAUUGCCUUUGACAACUUCGAGCAGCUCAUUGAGAACCUCGACAACGCCAACAAUAUUGCCAACCUUGACCUGUGGACCCCGCUGCUCGGGCACCUGGACAGCACGGAGAGCGAGCUGCGCAAGAUGGCAGCUUGGUGCGUCGGCACUGCUGUUCAGAACAACGAGCGCACUCAAGAGCGCCUGCUAGCGAUUGGCGGCGUUACCCCACUGAUAGAGAUGGCGCUGAAGGAGGAUGAGGCUGAAGACGUCAGGCGCAAGGCAAUCUAUGCGCUGAGCUCUGCAGUUAGAAAUUACCAGCCUUCCAUGGAUCACUGCACGGACGAACUGAAUAAGCGAGGAUUUACUGCAGCCAAGACAGACGCUGCUGAUAUGGAAGCCGUUGAUGUGGUUAUCCACGGCCUCAGGGAAAAGGUUAAGGCUACCGCCAAUGGGGCUUCGGCGUAAAAUUUUGACAUGUUACAUGGCUUUGAAAGGAAAAGGAGAUAAAGAAAAAA